AAGCAGCAGCAGCAGCAGGAGGGAAUUCCCCGCCGGGAAGGGGCGGCCUCUGCGAGCGCUGACGCAAGCGGCGGGGCGGGGCGUCUCCCGGGCUGCCCCUCCGGCGCGCGCGCCUGCCUGGUGGCUUCAUGGCUGCUGCGAUCUAUGGCGGCGUGGAGGGUGGGGGGACUCACUCAAAGGUGGUGCUAAUAUCGGAAGAUGGCAAGAUCCUGGCCGAGACAGAGGGACCCUGCACCAACCACUGGCUGGUUGGCUCAGACAAAUGUCUGGAAAGGAUCAGUGCCAUGGUCAGUGAAGCCAAAGGGAAGGCGGGUGCUGAUCCACAGGUCCCUCUUCGGUCCCUGGGCCUCUCUCUGAGUGGAGGGGAGCAGAAAGAAGCCAUCAAGAAGCUGAUUGAGGAGAUGAAGACCCGCUUCCCCUACCUGAGUGAGAAUUACUACAUCACCACAGAUGCCAUCGGUGCCAUGGCCACUGCUACUGACCAUGGCGGAGUGGUGCUCAUCUCUGGAACUGGCUCCAACUGCAAGCUGAUCAAUCCGGAUGGCUCCCAGAUCAGCUGCGGGGGAUGGGGCCACAUGAUGGGGGAUGAGGGCUCAGCUUACUGGAUUGCCCACCAGGCGGUGAAGAUGGUGUUUGAUGGCUUGGACAACCUCAGAGUGCCCCCUCACGACAUCGGCUAUGUCAAGCAAGCCAUGUUUGACUACUUCCAGGUCUCUGACAGGAUGGGGCUCUUGACACAUCUCUACAGAACCUUUGAGAAGUCCAAGUUUGCAGGCUUUUGCCAGAAGCUGGCUGAAGGUACCUUGCAGAGGAUGGUUUCUUUUGCAGCUGGGCAGCCAAAUGUGGGCCCUGGAGGAGCUCAGGCUGGGGAUCCACUCUGCUGCUAUGUCUUCAACCAGGCAGGCAAAGUCCUGGCGCAACAUAUCGUAGCUGUGCUACCCAAAAUUGAUAAGAGCCUCUUCCAAGGGGAGCUGGGGCUGCCCAUUGUGUGUGUUGGAUCGGUGUGGAACAGCUGGGAGAUGAUGAAGCCAGGGUUCAUCAGGGUCCUGGACCAAGCGCACAGGGAGGACCUCAGCACCACCUUCUCCAAGUUCAGCCUCUUGAAGCUGAAACAGUCUUCUGCACUGGGGGGUGCGAGCUUGGGCGCGAAAUGUGUGGGGCAGGCGCUCCCGCUGGACUACACUGCGAACGUGGAUGUCUUCUACACACACUCCUUCUCCUAGGAAGGGCACACUGGUGUGUCCUGCUGCGAUGCCUUUCUCUCCCUCAGGCCGGGGUGUUUUUCAAGUGUUGUCUUUUAUGUCUUGGAGAACGGGCAUUGUGCUGGCUGUCUUCUGAGCAUCUCUUAAAGAUUUGAUAAAAUAAAGGCCAUUCCAGUGUGAGCGCCCUCCUCCGUGGCGGCCUCUUCGUACCAGGU